AUGAAAGUCAAUUCAUACAUUGUGUUCAAGAGUUUUUCUGUUCCCUAUUACUAUUCAAUAUUGUUCGGAUGGAUGCCCAUCCGUAUACCAAAGAAUGACAGCGAAAUGAAAAACAAGAGUUUGUGGUGUAUACCUGGAUUAAUUUUUUCGUUGAGUUACAUCAUACUACUAUUAGUUUCCGGAAGCAUUACACAGGAAUUAAGGAAUGCAAUCAAGUACCAAGGAAAUAGAACUUUGAGUAAUAUAACAGUUCACGAUCGUAUACAGAUUGUAGUGGGACCUAUGUUCAUAAUAUCUCUGUGGUUGAAUCAAACGAUUAUGAUCAUAAUACACAUAUUGAUGCCGUUCCAUUUAAAAGGACUGAGAACCGUUUUCGAGCUCUUCAAUGCAUUUUUCAAGUGCCAUGGCUCGAUUAUAGGAGACGGGAACACCAUCAACAUGAUUUCACGCAACACUAACAUUGAAUCCAUCAUGAUGAUCAUAAUGAACACAAUUCUGUCCAUCGUAUCGGUUACGACGAGUUUCAAUAGGAUAAGACUGUCGUUUGCUUGGAAGCUGUUCAUCAUGAUCGACAAUUUUAUUCACAAACUGGCGGCGAUUUCACUGUGUAUCCAAUUCUGGUGUAUGUGUUCAUUGUUAGCAAAAUGCUAUAAGUGUCUCAACGUAUCUCUGGAUAGACUUCGAAUCCGAAAAAAUCAUGUGACGAUACGCCCCCCGGGCUUAUUCACGAUGCCAGACCGGUUGACGCUGCCGACCAACAUGGCAAAGCACAUCAGGAAGUUAAACCAAGCGCACACUGACCUCUGUUCCAUCCUCGAUCGCACAAACGGCGUUUAUCAGGUGCUGAUCCUUUUGAGCAUCAUCACUUGCGUACUGAGCAGUCUGCCCCAUUUAUUCGUUUUGGGCAUCAUCAUGGCAUAUUCAAAUUUUAAAAUCACACCACAAUUAUCCAUGGUCAUAUGGCCGCUGCACUACAUGAUAAGGGUAUAUAUCGUGUGCAAAGCCGCUUCCAUUGCGUCCAACGAAGCCAGACGGACAAAAACUAUUCUCAACGCUGCGUUUCACAAACAUUUGACAGACGACGAAAAAAACGGAAUAAAAGGUUUCUUGGAAAGGAUUGAUAACAAGAAAAUAAGAUUUUCUUUAUAUGGCUUAAGUUAUUUGGACGACGAAUAUUUCUUAUCAAGUGUAAUGGCAGUGGGAGGAUACCUAGUGAUUAUCAUUCAAUCGUACAUGACAGUUAUCGAAGAACAAUACCCAAUUUAUGAUCGUCCGACUGCCGACAAAUUUGACGAAUGA